UCUUCAAUCUCAAAGUAUAUUGUUAAAUUCAUAAGUUGGGAUAUGUAAAAUUAAUUAAUUGAAUACUUGAACUAAAUGUGCAAACAAUUAAGCCCAUGCCAGCUGACUUUGAUGAAUUUACUACAGAUACAAACUUACAGAGUAUGGUCCAGCACAUGGUGGCAUUCUAAAUGCCUUAUAAAUGACCAUGCACCUGUGUAAUUGAGGAGCAUGGUGGUAAAAAAUAAGAGUGCGCUUGCUCCACAAAGAGCGGCAUAGCUGUGCGCUUUAGUACCUAUGAGGGGGCUGACAGCAGCAAGCCCGCUCCUAUUGUAGCGGGACACUAUAAUAAGAGCAUCAAACUACUGUAGCAUUAAUAUGUGGCUACUGUAGCAUUUAAUAAUCCAUUAAAUGAAUAUAUAAUGUUUCUAUUUAUUAAAUACAAGUUAAGGUGAUGUUUUUGUGAAUUGGCAGUUCUUCCCUCCCAUAUCAUUUACUAAAAUUCAUGUGUGUACUUUUUUUCUAGGUCAUCUCUGUUCUUCCAGAGCUAUUCUUCAAAACUCCAUCGUCAUCAUGGCUUCAACUCAUCCUCUAAUUAAGUUUGCAUUUUCUAAUGUAUCAGCAGUAGAUGGUUCACUUCAAGCACUAUGCAAAUUUUGCACAUUUGGAGGGGGAUUGGUAAAGUUUGAUAGAACAAGUUAUAGUAAUUUAUCAAGACACCUCCUACGUCACCACCCAGAUGAAUAUAUAAUAUAUUGUCAACAGACUGAAAAGAGCUCUUCUCUGGAUGCUAGAGGUGAAAAGAUGAAGAAAUCCCUUUUCCUGUCGUCUACAGAAACAACACCAUCCAUGUCAUCCAUUUCAUCCCAUAUCACGAAAAAAGACAUUCCAACAACUCCAUGCAACAGCAACAUUUCUAGCACAAUGCCUGACUUAACAGAAGCACCAGUCCCAUUAGAAAUGAACACAAAUCAAGAAGAAGUACAUCCAAGUCCAACUGUAUCAUUUACAUCACCUUCACACAUUCCAAAACAACAGAGUUAUUCAUCUGUCUCCAUGAAUAGAAAAAUAAAGCCAAUCCUAAUGUGCAAGCCUGAAUGCAAAUCUUGUAAUUCUCUUGAAAAUGCUGAUAAAUUCUUCAAACUUGCAUUGAAGGUUGCACUUGAUGAAUGCACACACAAAACAAAUGAUUGUUGCUGCACAGGGAAGUUUGCGAAACUUAGUGGAAGAACAGAGGAAGAAAAACGUGUAGUUUCACGACACAAAGCCAGAACCUUUGAUGGUUCUUCUUUCUUAUCACAGUACAACAGUAAAAAUGAUCAAAUAGUAUAUUUUUGUAAAGUCUGCCUCAGCCGCGGACGUCUUAGCAAAGGUAAGCGUAAAGUUGGAGAAUCCUGGACUGAGGGAAUGACCUUCACUACCACCAGGAAGAAAAAUAUAGCCAUGAAAAUGCAUCUGCUAAGUCAACAACACAAAGAAGCUAUGGAAUUUACAAAAUCCGAUGAUGAAAGUCAACGAAGAUUAGGAUUUCCAACUAGAGAAGAACAGGAAAAAGCAACAAGAAACACUAUGAUUGCUGGAAUCUUCAUGACUUCUCAUUCGUUACCAUUCAGAUUGUAUACUGCCUUGUGUGCCUUUCUGUCUCUUAUCUGCCCAUCACACUUGAGCAAUCCGUUGGGCAAUCAACAUCAAACGCAUGUAGGGAUCCGUCAUGUGCUCUCAGCAAAUUAUGAAGCCUGUGCUACUACUAUGAAGAGAUUCUUUUACAGCACUUUUGCAGCAACAAAGAGCAAGAGAAAAAUCACUAUUAGCUGUGAUAAGGGUACUGCUCCAAAAGAUGUAUCACGACAGGCCAUUGUUGCAACCUAUGUUAGGGAUGAUGGAAUGCCUGAAGAAAUGGUUUUAGGGGUUCCAAUGAUCAGGCAGGGAGGUGCUGUGGCUACUACUAAUCAUGUUAAAGAAAAUGUCUCUUUAUUCCUUGAUCCCUCAACAGUUGCCUUUGUAUGCACAGAUAGCGAAGCUGUAUAUACAGGAAAUGAAAGUGGCAUGAUUGAGAUGCUGAAGACUUCGAAUGAAUUUCAAAACUUGAAUGGCCUCCCUGACUUCUGCCAUAAAAUAGAAAAUUUAUUGCAGAGGUCCAUGCCCAAAUGGGUGUCAGAAACUUUGGCAACAUGCAAAUGUGUUUCAGCUUUUGUAAAUGAUUACAAUAUUGUUAAAAAUAUCAUACACAAACACAUAAACCUUUAUCACGGAUCAAGCUUCAGUACAAUACCAAACCAGGGUCAAACUAGGUUUGCACAGUAUUUAUACCUGCACUUGGAUGCAAUUUUGAAAAACUUACCCAUCAUGAUUGAAGCCCUUCCUGAACUGGUGAAUACCCAGACUUUCCUAAGUGAUAAAGCAAUAGUCAUAUUGAAAUCAAUAAUCCAGGAUUCCUUUAUUAUUAAAGUCAUGUUUAUUCGGAGACUCUAUAAGCUCAUAUCUGAAAAAGAGAAAAUAGCUCAAAACACUGACUUUGGACCAUUUCAAUACAAGCACCUUGUUGACAACCUGGCUUCAGAAUUGCAGGAAUUGAAGACACCUUUUAUCGAUGUAGAAAAUUUUCAAGGAAAAGACACUGUGAUAAAUUUGAUGAAUGACAAUUCCAAAUGGAUUGAUCAAAUUUGUAAUGAAGCUCCCAAUUACUUGAUGAUCCCUCAGCCCAUUGCUCUUGCAACGCAGUUGUUUUCACUACACCAUAGAAACAACUUGGAGGGCAAUUCAACUGCUAUCAAGCAACUGUUCAAUACUGUUAACAUCCAAUUUGAGUUAUGUGGAAGUGAGUGCAAGGGAGUUGAGGAGUGUGAAUGCUUGAUAAGUGAUUAUGAAAAAUUCAUGGCUAUUUUUCAAUCCCAAUAUCAAGCUCUGCCCAACAACAGCAUUAUUAGGCCUGGCACUUCUAAAUCACAAUCCUACACUCAUGCCUUUGCUCGUUACAUUGCAGAAAACAAUCCCAAAAAUGUGUAUCCAACCAACAUCAUUCGUUGCCUUGAAAUCAUCCAGCUGAUGAGGCCUUCUCUAGCAGCUACAGAGAGAGUGAUGUCACACAUGACAUCAAUGAUGAGCAGAUCUGAAUCCAUGUAUGACUCAAACAAAAAAAUGACAGGAGAUUCUACUACCAUUGACAGUUUUCAGAUGGAAGUAUUUCUUAAAUGCAACACAAACAUCGUACAGCAUAAUGCUGACCUUGCAAAACAGAUAUUUCUGGGCAGACAUAAAGGAUCUCUAAUGAAAAAUAAAAAACCUAGUGAAAGGAGCUAUACUGUGAAUAAUUACUUGGAUGAACUUAGUAGAAAAAUCAGCUAUCAGAAUUUAACAAAACGAAAAAAUGCAUUUGAUCAAAAUCAAGAGGACUGCAAAAGAACAAGAAUGGAUUUUACUGGGCCAAAUGUUCUAAAAAAUUAUGAAGUUCCAGCAUCAUUAAAUUCAGUUUUGGUUGCUUCUACCCAGCCAAUAAAUCACUCACCUGCAAAUGGAACCAUUUUGCAACAUGAAGUUGUACCUCCUUUAUCUCCAUUGGUAAAUAAAGCAGGUGAUGCCAGAAGCAUAGAAACAUUUGACCAACCAAAUGAAAGCAGAGAAUUCCAGAUGGGAGGGACCUCUCUAAAUUUAGGGAAUGAAACUGCAAAUGUUAAGAAGAAUAGAAUGGAAGUUUACUGCAUCUGCCAAAUGAAGAAUGAUAAAGGAAGUCAAUCUCAAAUUAAGCAUUCCAAAUUGAUUGGAUGUUCCAGUGCUCAGAAGUGUGAAUCAUACAUUGAAAGAAUGGCUGAAAAAAAUGUUGGAGGAGGAGACUGGUUCCAUGUGGAGUGUUUGAAAAUGGACAAGAUACCAAAGGGUCCCUGGUACUGUCAAAAGUGUAAUGAGAAAUAUGCUGCUAACUUGAGACAAGACUUGACUAAUUAUAAUAUUCAAGAAUGCAGCAUUGUCUUGCAACGAUGCGCUGAAGCUGCAGACGGGGGUAUUUUGUGUGCUAAGCAGAGCCUCCCUCAAUUAUCUGCUGGUGAAGCGAAGUCUGAAACAUUAGAGGCUGAUGCUCAAUCUCCUGUUGACAACUUCAAGGACGAGAUUGAGGAUGGAACUGAGGAUGUAGAUGUCAAGGAGGAACCCUUCUCCUAUGAUGAUAAGCAGGCACUGGAACCCCUCAACCCCGGGUGUGGGGGCCUUCUGGUUCCUCCCCCGUCGUGUGUGCCAUGCAAAAGAGAAGAUCCAAAGGAGACUCCUGUUGUCCUCGAUGUCCCCCUGUAUUUGCUCAUCACUGAUGGAGCUGAGGGACAAGCUGGUGGUAUUGCCAUGGCUCCUGCUAACCACGACGUCCCUCAGUAUUAUUUGCUCAUCACUGAUGGAGCUGAGGGACAGAGCAGCAGCGGCGAAUCGUCCAUAGCUGGGGGAGCUGCAGCAGUCGCUGGUGGUAGCGGUGAGCCUUCCACUGCUGGGGGAUCUGCUGCAGGCGCUGGUGACCACGGGGAUGUCUUUAUGUCAUCCAACCCCGAGCUACUGCCCAAUAGGCUUCAUCAAUUCCCUGGUGGGGAGACCACGUUCUGGGCGACCAACCCUGGACCCUAAGCAAACCUCAGGCACCAGCGUCAGUUCUUCUGCAGUAGACCAGAAGGGUCUGCAUUGCCUGUCAAGUGUAUGCUGCCUACCAAGUGUCUACUCUGCCUACCAAGUGUCUAUGCUGCCUACCAAGUGUCUACGCGGCCUGCCAAGUGUAUGUGUUGCCUGUUGUGUGUCUAUGACGCCUGUCAAGUGUCUGUAUCACAUGUCAAGUAUCUGCAUUGCUUGCCAUGUGUCUGUGCCGCCUGCCAAGUAUCUGCAUUGCUUGCCAUGUGUCUGUGCCGCCUGCCAAGUGUCUGUAUCACAUGCCAAGUAUCUGCAUUGCUUGCCAUGUGUCUGUGCCGCCUGCCAAGUAUCUGCAUUGCUUGUCAUGUGUCUGUGCCGCCUGCCAAGUAUCUGCAUUGCUUGCCAUGUGUCUUUGCCGCCUGCCAAUUGUCUAUCUGCAUCGCCUGCCAAGUGUGCAUCUGCCACCAAGGGUGCGUCUCCUGCCAAAUAUCUGCAUCUCUCGUCAAGUGUUGGCGUCACCCACAGAGUAUCUUAGUCACCUACCAAGUGUCUAUGCAGCCUGCCAAGUGUCUGCGUUUCCUGCUAAGUGUCUGCAUCGCCUGCCAAAUGUCUGGGUUGCUCACCAAGUGUCUGCAUCACCCGCCAAGUGUCUGCGUUGCCGGCGUCCCGGUCCCGUUGUCAAUUCCAAGGACGCACCUCCACUGUAGCGGCCCAAGUCUUGCAUAUUUUAGCGUGGCAUUACUGCGUUUGUGGUAGUUUAGGCUUACGUUUAAUGUUUAGGUUUACGUUUCCUCAGUCAAGCACCAGGCUCCUAUGAAUUGAACAUAUGCAAUCAUCUUAUGAUUAUUAAAAUAUUUUUUAA